AUGCAAUACCAUUUCAGCUUAUCUGUUCCUCACAAAAGAAAAAAACAGAAGAACUGCCCUUGUUUUUCUUCCUCUUUUUUUUUGCAUCCUUUUUCACAGUUGCUGUACUUCACCACAUGCAUACGCAUUUUACAUUUUUUCCUCAGUCCCUCAAAGAUGAACAACAACAAUGAGACGUGCCCUCCAGAAGCCCAGCACAUCAGCCUAACAGUCGCCCUCUGCCUGGUCUACAUGAUGGGAUUUCUUCUUAAUGGCUUCAGCCUCUGGGUCUUCAUCUUCCGGAUGUCCAAAUGGAAUGCUGGCACAGUUUUGCAGUUCAACUUGGCAAUAAGUGAUGCACUCGCCUCUCCUGCCACCCCGCUAAUGGCAGUCUACUUUGUCAACGGGAACAACUGGGAGUUUGGCCCCUUUCUGUGCGAGCUGAAGAUAGCCUUAGUCAGUGCUCACUUCUACGGCAGUAUUAUAUUCCUCACCCUCAUCAGCAUUCAUCGCUACGUGGUUGUGGUCCACUUCAAACGAUCAUUGCCGAUGAAACGGAAAGCCUUUGUGAAGAAGCUGUGUUUUGGAGUGUGGUGUUUUUUGUUAGUCGGCGCCAUAGUAUACGGCAUUCUGCUGCCUGUUACCAACGAAGACGGGCACAAACAAUGCCUUUCCAUACAUCAAAACACACUUACCAGUGUGUACUACAUUAUCAACUUUGUACUCUUUGUUUUUGGCUUUCUUGUGCCUUUCAGUGUGACUGUGGUCUGCUACAGCUGUCUGGCUCGAUCGGUAACACAGGUAAACGUCAACUCGCUACAAGGGCAUUCAAUCAAGACAAAGUCACUAAGGAUGAUAGGAAUAUGUUUGGUCAUCUUUGGACUCUGCUUCUUCCCUCUCAAUGUUACACGGACUGUCGGGGUUGUCAUUAAAAUGUACCACCCUGGACACUGUCAGCUUCUGUUACAAGCGGAAAAAGCGUACUACGCAUCCUAUGUCAUAGCAGGAAUCAACUGUUGCUUGGACCCCCUUAUCUAUUUCUUUGGCUCAUACAGUUUUAAGAAAGCAUUCCAAGGAUCUCUGAAAAUAGUAACAGGUCAACAGGAAAGAGACAACAGAACUGAAUCAGAGACAACAAGUAACAAUGUAAAUAGAAAUGCUGUCUAUACAAUCUCUUCAGGAGUGGUGUUAUAGCACUUCAGUUACAGAACAUCUCUUUCUUGUUCCUAUUAGUAUUUUAAGAUAUGUUUGCUUGUGAUCUCCUUCUGUAAUCGUAUUUCCUGUCAAACAAUUUCUUUGAAAUAGUGAGGAACAAGAGUGCAAUGCUAAAAUAUACUUCUGCAUCUUUGUACACACUCUGAGAUGUUUUCUUCAGCAGUUUAUUUUGUGUUCUUCAGUGGUUUUUGCUUCAGUGGCUUUGCCAUUCUGGUCUUCCUAAUGUAUGUAUUUACCAUAGUGCUGUUAAACUUUUAAGGACAACUUGUAGCAUGAUGUAUGUAAUAAUGUGAUGUAUGCAGUUUACUACAUGUAAAUCAGUGUGAAAUUAUAUAUACAAUGUACACUGCCAGUCAAGUUUUUGAACACCCCAUAUUACCACUUUGGUUUAAGAAAUGGGUUCUAGUUAAUUAAAAAAUAUAAUAUUUAUGUAAGAAAUGUAUGUAACUUAUAGUCUUGGAGUACCUACUUCACCAAGUACAUUUGCCUUGAAUAAAGCACUCAUUUAGAGUCUCAUU